AUGGCGACGCCGACACCACGACACCAAGAGACGCCACAGGAGACGACUGAGCGCGAGCGGUGCGAGCAAUGGACUGACGAGCUGUUCCGCACGUCGCCUAUGGUGCGCUUCAUGACGAAGCACCUCAGCUUGCUCGAUUGCAACCCGCUCUCUCCACUGCGCACUGCGUCUAGCUCUUCGCAUGCAACGGCUUCGGCGCGCGCACAACCAAAAUUGGUCAUUGCGCCAUGUCCACCUUCAAUAGCAGGUGGCUUCUCCCCCUCGCUUCGCAGUGAACCAACGUCGGAAUCGUCUAUUCUUCUCUGCUCGAAUCGGAUCUUCUCGAAAGCGCAUCUGGAGGACACGCUGUCACACGAGAUGGUGCACUGGUUCGACCACUGUCGUUUCUUGGUAGACUGGUCCAACCUGCGCCAUCAUGCGUGCAGUGAGAUCCGUGCUGCCAGUCUGAGCGGCGAUUGUGGCUUUGUACGAGAAUGGCAGAGGAGAAACUACGGCUUCAAGUUGCAACAUCAGAACUGCGUAAAGCGAAGAGCUGUCCUCAGUAUUCUAGCCAACCCCGCUUGUGCAGGAGACAGGCAAAAGGCAGAACAAACCGUCGACGAAGUGUUCCAGAGCUGUUUCGGUGAUACUCGACCGUUCGACGAGAUCUACUAA